AUGGGUUCCUGCUCAAAUGCGAGAAUCAUCCAUUCCCACACCAUAACUUCUGGUUUCAAUGCCAGAAGCUUCAUUCUGAAUAGCAUAAUUGAUGUUUACGCGAAGUUUGGAAGAUUGCAUGAUGCACGUUGGUUGUUCGAAAAAAGGCUCCGCAGGGACGUAGUUGCCCAUACGACGCUUAUCGCAGCAUACUGGAAGCAUGGGCAAGUGGGAACAGCAAGAGAAUUAUUCGAUGGAAUGCUCAUCCGUGAUGUUGUUUCGUACAACGCUAUUAUUUCGGGCCAUGUUCAGAAUGGGCAAGGUUAUUCUGUCAUACAACUCUUUCUUGAGAUGGCCAGGAUUGAACUCCGGCCUGAUGAUUUUACAUUCACCAGCGUGCUUAGUGCCUCUGGUAGCGUAACAGAUAGAACUCACGGAUGCAGAUUCAUUCUCCGUUGGUUAAAGCUGGAUUUGGACGAAUUGUGUCUGUUGAAAGAUGAAUUCACUUGGAUUACUGUCCUUACUGGUUAUGGAAAGUCCGGCAAUGUUGAGGCUUCUCGCCAACUGUUUGAUGGAAUGACUAAGAAGUUUCACUUGGCUUGUAAUGCAAUUAUUGCUGGUUAUGCACAAUUUGGGUGUUACAGGGGAGCACUCGAAUUGUUUGCUAACAUGCUGGAGGAAUGGAUAAAGCUUGAUGAAUUCACAUUCACGAGUAUUCUUAGUGCUUUUGCCAAUUGCAGGUGCAUUUACUGCUUGUGCGACCUUGGAGCUCUAAGGGAUGGCUAUCAGCUUUAUUCUCAGCUGAUCCAACUCGGCCUUGAUUCAAGCAUUUCUGCUGGUAUUGCAUUGGCAGAUUCAGUGUCUUGGAAUGCAAUGAUUGCAGCUCUAGGGCAACAUGGGUAUGGGGAAGAGGCAUUGAAUCUCUUUGAGCAGAUGUUGCAUGAAGGAAUUGAACCUGAUCGUAUCACUUUCCUCACGGUUCUCUCUGUUUGUAGCCAUGCUGGUCUUGUGGAAGAGGGAUGCAAAUACUUCAAGUCUAUGGGUAAAGAUUAUGGCAUUAAGGCCUGGUUCAGAUCACUAUGCAAGUUUCAUUGA